GUCUCCCCGCUGCUCGGGGAAGGCCGUGCGGUUUUAUGUUCCUUUAUGCGAGUUCUCGGUGCCCACCGGGGUGCCCGGGGACCAGCCCCCGCCUCCUCCCGCUCGGUCCAGUUAGGAAGACGGUCGUAGGAAAUAGGUCGUCUUUCUUCCCACGCGUCCCUGGCCGUGCUCCACACGCGCAGUGCCCUACCAGGGAGAGGCAUUCAGUGCUUUAGAGUUUGUCAUUCCGGCGUUAAACUCUUCUCCUCGUGGCUCCAGCCUGGCGAUGCAACUCUGUCUUUCCCCCGUCUCCACUCGGGAAAAGGAGCCGACAGUGACGCGCGCCGCUGGCUGCGGGGCUCACCCUCGUCGGGCCGGGGUUGGAAGGAGGGCGUUUAAGUAUUACAGAGGCAUUCACGGCUUAGGACCACUCGGACCGUGUUAUUUUGCUUUUCUAAAUAAAUAAGGUGAUAUUUCAAAAAUACUUUUAAAGUGUGCUGACAAAUUAAUAUUGCUUUUAAGAAUCCUCGAAGAGUUACCUCUCUCUUCGUAGCCUGAUUGUGGUACUGAUGAGACCACUAUAAAUGCGUUUGUCAAAACUCAGAACCGGACACUGAAAAGUGUGAAUUUUACCUUAUAUAAAAUAUACCUCUCCCUCUCCCGUUUUUCUUCUUGAAGUGACCUUGCCAGUAUUUCAAAACUGAGCUAACCAGUAAUAAUGUCGGAGAAGUGUUUAUUAUUUUAAGUGAAUACCUUUAAUCCAAGAAUAUAGCGAAAUAAAUCUAGUCUUCCUCUCCACUGUUAAAAUUUGCCAAGACUUGCUUGAACCUUGCUGUAUAUACUGUGUUUAUACGGGCUGCCAUGCGUGAAGAAAGUUCAGCAGUACCGGAUUAGUCCCCGGGGCCGCCGUGAUUGAUACUUUGGUGAAAUUCCAGCAGUUUACCAAGGAGUUUUUCUCUGGCCUAAGAAAGUAGUUUGCAAAGCCAAGUUCUCAAACAGCUACAGAACCUCUUUAUUGGGACCCCAGACAACCUUGGAUUUUAGCCUUCUGCUACCCCUUUCCUGUCUGCCCUCUAAGUGAUUAUAAGUUAGUAUCUGAAAUGGAACUCUAGUCUGAAGGAGUGAAAUGGUUGCUUCUCCAGUGUGCUAACAUCUCAGGGCUUUUUUUUCCUGGAAUUGGAGUGAUGUUGGAUUUGAAGAUUAAAACAUCUUAUGUUUGUAUGUACGGUGAUAGCGAAAGCUACUUGUGAGAGCACAGUGACUGUCAGUGAGAAAGUGAUGGCUACUGCGAUGCUUUUCCGUGACAUUUUAAAUGAUAAUUAAACUUUCGCUUUAGAAGCCUAGAUAAUGAGAAAAAUGUGGAGGUUGUACUCAGAUAUUUUUCCUGUUUAAAGCUCAACCACUGAACAACUGUUUUUGUUUUGAGAGUUCUGAUAAACGGUCACAACAGCCUCCUUGAAACACAGUACUCUCCUGCCUGGAGGAGAAUGACAGGAUGACGGCACCGGAGAAAUCAGAAAAAUGGGUAAGAAGAGUCGAGUAAAAACUCAGAAAUCCGGCACUGGUGCUACAGCAACUGUGUCACCGAAGGAAAUCUUGAACCUGACCAGUGAACUGCUACAGAAAUGCAGCAGUCCUGCACCUGGCCCAGGAAAAGAGUGGGAAGAGUAUGUGCAGAUCCGGACUCUAGUUGAGAAAAUACGGAAAAAGCAGAAAGGUCUGUCCGUUACUUUUGAUGGAAAAAGAGAAGAUUACUUUCCUGAUCUAAUGAAAUGGGCCUCUGAAAAUGGGGCUUCUGUCGAGGGUUUUGAAAUGGUUAACUUCAAAGAAGAGGGCUUUGGUUUGAGAGCAACAAGAGAUAUCAAGGCAGAAGAAUUGUUUUUAUGGGUUCCACGAAAAUUACUAAUGACUGUUGAAUCUGCUAAAAAUUCAGUGUUGGGGCCCUUAUAUUCUCAAGACCGAAUCCUUCAAGCCAUGGGAAACAUAGCACUGGCCUUUCAUUUGCUGUGUGAACGAGCCAACCCUAACUCCUUCUGGCAGCCCUACAUUCAGACUCUCCCUAGUGAAUAUGACACACCUCUCUACUUUGAAGAAGAUGAAGUUCGGUAUCUUCAGUCCACACAAGCUAUACAUGAUGUCUUCAGCCAGUAUAAAAACACAGCUCGACAGUACGCCUACUUCUAUAAAGUCAUCCAGACCCAUCCUCAUGCCAACAAACUGCCCUUGAAGGAUUCUUUCACUUACGAAGACUACAGGUGGGCAGUCUCUUCUGUUAUGACGAGGCAAAACCAAAUUCCCACAGAGGAUGGUUCCCGAGUGACCCUGGCUCUGAUUCCUUUAUGGGACAUGUGUAACCACACCAACGGCCUGAUCACUACCGGUUACAACCUGGAAGAUGACCGCUGUGAGUGUGUGGCUCUGCAGGAUUUCCGGGCUGGAGAGCAGAUUUACAUUUUUUAUGGCACUCGAUCCAAUGCAGAGUUUGUGAUCCACAGUGGUUUUUUCUUUGACAAUAACUCACACGACAGAGUGAAAAUAAAGCUUGGAGUGAGUAAAAGUGACAGACUCUACGCCAUGAAGGCCGAGGUCUUGGCUCGUGCCGGCAUCCCCACUUCCAGCGUUUUUGCGUUGCAUUUUACGGAGCCGCCCAUCUCUGCUCAGCUUUUGGCUUUUCUCCGAGUAUUCUGCAUGACUGAAGAAGAACUAAAAGAACACUUACUGGGAGACAGCGCUAUUGAUAGAAUCUUCACCUUGGGGAACUCAGAAUUUCCUGUUAGCUGGGACAAUGAGGUCAAACUUUGGACGUUUCUUGAAGAUAGAGCCUCACUUCUUUUAAAAACAUACAAAACAACUAUCGAGGAAGAUAAAUCCGUCUUGAAAAACCAGGAUCUUUCUGUUCGUGCAAAAAUGGCCAUCAAAUUGCGCUUAGGUGAGAAAGAGAUUUUGGAAAAAGCGGUCAAGAGUGCAGCUGUCAACCGGGAAUUCUACCGCCAACAGAUGGAGGAAAAGGCUCCGCUUCCCAAAUACGAAGAGAGUAACCUUGGGCUGUUGGAGAGCAGCGUGGGGGACUCGAGGCUCCCCUUGGUCUUGAGAAACCUCGAGGAGGAGGCUGGAGUGCAGGAUGCCUUGAACAUCAGAGAGGCCAUCAGCAAAGCAAAGGCCACAGAAAACGGGCUUGUAAACGGUGAAAACUCUAUCCCUAACGGGACCAGGUCCGAAAAUGAAAAUCUCAAUCAAGAAGAAAGUAAAAGAGCCGUUGAAGACGCCAAAGGAUCUUCUUCAGACAGCACUGCUGAAGUUAAGGAGUAGCUCCAGGUGAAGCUGGGUGGAGGAUCCAGUGGAGCAGGAGCUGACGGACGGUCCGUUCACAUCGCUGUGUUUCCUUGUUAACAUUUUUCUUUCUGCAGAGAGGAAGAUAUGUUUUUGCUGCUUUAUAUAAAAA